CCAUUGCCCAGUAAGUGAUCGUGCGCCGUGGUGUUUGGUUGUGUGUGAUGUAACGUACUUGUGAUGACUACAUACUUGAACCACUUAACUUAUUAAUCUCGCUGUGACUUGUGCGCCCAUUCACGUAAAAAUGGCGGGAUUACCAAAUAUUUACAUCCUUUGUACGGCGAUAAUUGCAAGUUUAAACGGUUCCUUGUCUCAAAGAGUUCUAAAAGCGUUUACUUUAGAAGAAUUGGUGCCUCUACAGGCAGAUUUUGUUCCCGAGAGAGUUGGCGUACAAUGGAUAUCGGAUUCCGAGUAUAUAGUAGCAGAGCCUGGAGCGAUACAGAAAUACAAUGUUGAAACUGGAACGUUUACCAAAUUAAUAAAUAAAACUGAAUUGGCAAAUUUAAGCCAAUACUCCGUGUCAACUUUUUCCAAUGACCAAAAAUACUUACUUUUGGUUUCAGAGCAGACAAAGGUAUAUCGAUAUUCGACGUUGGCAAAAUAUUCCGUAUAUAACCUCGAAAGCAAGUCUGUAUCAAAAAUAGGAAAUGGUCACUUACAAGUUGUGCUAUGGGACAACGGCCAUGCUAUAGCAUAUGUGGAAGAUAAUAACGUGUUCUAUAUUCCUGAUGCCGAACAUUCUGAUAAAGUGAGACAACUGACUACUGACGGCAUCCCGGGAAAGGUUUAUUGCGGUGCUGCUGAUUGGAUCUAUGAAGAGGAAAUACUGAAUGCUGCAGAAGCUAUGUGGUUCUCAACAAAUGGAUCAAAUUUGGCUGUUGCCAUCUAUAACGAUACGUUAUUAGAGUCUGCGGUAUUUCCAUACUAUGGUGAUCCCCUAGAUUUUGAGAAUCAAUAUCCUAAAAUGGUUGAAUUUAAAUAUCCCAAGGCAGGUCGGAGAAAUCCAGCGGUAGAACUACUAGUUUAUAAAUUAAAAGAGCCGACAAGUGAUCCUAUUCAUAUAAAUGCGCCUAUCGAUGUUAUUGGUAAGGAUCACAUUUUGGGCAGAGUAAAUUGGCCAACAGAUAAUGAAAUCAUAGUUCUUUGGCUAAAUAGAAGGCAAAAUGUAAGCGUUUUAGUUAAAUGUGACUUGAUAGAAGAUAAAUGUGCAGUAUUGAAAGAGCAUACGGAACCAAAUGGUUGGAUCGAUAUACGUGAGCCGUUAUUUAAUGAAAAUGGAACGAAAAUGGUGGAAAUACAACCAGAACUGUACGACGGUCAGCGAUAUUUUCACGUCACACGCUUUGACUUUGAAACUUUAGAGACAGAGGACUUAUCUCCCGGCAAUUCAACGGUCACCGAAAUCGUGGGUUGGAAUCAAGAGACGGAUACGAUAUUUUUCAUUGCUUCACCAGCAAAUGUACCUUGGCAAAGACAAUUAUGGUCAGUGUCUGAUGGAAAUAUUUUGUGUAUGACGUGUACUCAACCUUCCUGCCACCACGUCGAUGGCAUGUUUUCUCCUGGCGCAAGCUACGCUAUUUUAAUCUGCAGCGCAUUUAAUGUACCACCAAUAUAUUAUUUCUAUGUGACCAAGAAAAAUGGUUUUAAACUUCUCACAAAAAAUGCCCGCUUGAAUGAAAAAUUAAGCCAAUAUAAAAUGCCAAUGGUUAUGUACAAUAUGGUGCCCUUGGAAGAGAAGGUUAUGUCACACAUCAAAUUACAAAUGCCUCCCGAUAUGGAAGAAGGCAAAAAAUAUCCGAUGAUCGUAAGAGUGUAUUCUGGACCAGGAACAUCCAGAGUUAAGGACGUAUUUGAUAUGGAAUAUUACAACACCUAUCUAACAGUAAACAAGAGUGUGAUAGUGGCAUCCAUAGACGUGCGAGGAUCAGGAGUGAUGGGGGUGGAGGCAAUGCAUGGUCUGAACAGAGCUCUAGGCACAGUUGAGAUUACUGAUACAUUAGCGGCUAUCAGACGUUUAAUAGACUUGUACCCAUUCAUCGAUCGUAAGAGGAUCGGCGUGUGGGGCUGGAGUUAUGGCGGAUACGCGACCACUAUGAUGAUGGUGAAAGAUAGCGAUAAACUCAUUGCGUGUGGCGCUGCUGUCGCUCCGGUUACGUCUUGGCUUUAUUACGACACAAUUUACACGGAGCGGUAUAUGGACACACCUCAAGAGAACAUGGAAGGAUACAGGCGAUCAGAUCUCAUGUCGCAGGCUGGCAAAUUGCGAGGACGCCGUUACCUCCUCGUGCACGGCACUGGCGAUGAUAACGUCCAUUUCCAGCACAGUAUUCAGUUCGCCAAGGAAUUACAAAGAGCUGAUAUACCCUUCGAGCAAAUGAGUUAUGCAGACGAGAACCACUCCUUGAGAGGAGUGAGUAGACAUUUCUACCACACCUUGGACCACUUUUGGACGGAAUGUUUUAACUAAAUAUAAGAAAAAGUAUUAUUACUAUAAGACUGUGAUCAUAGGCCACUGCUGUUUAAAAGAAAAUGAGCUUAAAAAUCUCUAGAGAUAUACUUAAAAGAUAGCUAUAUACAUACAAUUAUAUGGAUCACAUGUGUUCUUUGUUUUAAGAUAUAGUUUGUAUUUGUUUACAAAGUAAAUUAUACUGCCUUUUAUUAGUUUACUUAAGACAUUGGCAAUGUGCUAAAUAUAGUUUAUUUAACAAAUAAUUAUUGUAAUCGUACAGUUUAUUAUUUUUUUAUCUUAAUAUGUGUUGACAAACCUUAAUUUAUUCGUCUUUUAAUAUUUGAUUGCGGAAACCUUUCAAUGUUUUUACCUUGGUUUUUACCUAUGGAGAAGCAGAACAAAAAGCAUUUACUUCGAUGCUCAUUUUCUUUAGCAUGAUAUGAAAAUCGAAUAAUAAAAAUGAGACAAUUUAUACAAA